ACAAUACCAGCUCGAUCGAGCCUAGGUAUCCAGUUCCAGCGCAACAAUUAAUCAGGAGAUCGUCGUCUAACAUGGCGGCGGGAGGCGUGUGGGUUUUCAAGAACGGGGUGAUGGAGCUGGAGCCGGAGGUGACGAGCAGGAAGGCGCUGGUGUACGUGCCGGCGAACGAGACGAUUAAGUCGCUCCAGGCGCUGGAGCGGAGGCUGGGCUCGCUGGGGUGGGAGCGCUACUACGAGGACCGCGCCAUCGUGCAGCUCCACAAGCGCGACGGCGGCGUCGACCUCAUCUCCGUGCCCCGCGACUUCUCAAGGCUCCGAUCCACCCACAUGUACGACGUCGUCGUCAAGAACCGCGACCACUUCAAGGUCGUCGACCUCUAGACAUCCACGACCCUCUCCAAAGCUAGCCAUCUAAAAUUAUUAUUCGCCGCGCUCAGCCACCCAGUGUUAUAUAUACAUGCAUAUGCAGAAGUCAUAUACAAAUAAAUAAACGUGUGUGUAGCCAAGCGUUUGUGUUAUGUAAUUAUAUACUGUGUUUGUACGUACAUGGCCCACAUGUGAAUACGUUUACGCAGGUACUAUCGUGUUUCCUAAA